UAGACUCGUCAAUUACAAUCCGUCUAAAAAAGAUAAAAUCCUUAUAAAUGCAACUUUUUUAGCAUGUACCGAACCUAAUUACCCAACCUAACCGACCCAAUUGACAGGUCUACUUCCCAAAACAAUCAACCAUAUAGCCACAAAGCUUAGAGUCAUGAUUGACAUACUUGUCAUUGGAAGCCCCACAUAAUGCUUAAUGCUUGAGUAUAUAGUUUUGAUACAGGUUGUUUUCCUAGAAAGCCCACCUAUAUAUAAGUUGUAUAUAGUUCCCUUCUUUUUAGCAAAUUCAUAGCUUAUCUAGCUACCCACUCCCCCUUCUCUUUUAAUUUUCUCCUUUUUAAGGGGUAAUAGCUAACAUUGUAGUUGCACUUGCAAAUUUGUAUUUUGAUGAACUAAGAUAGCUAGUAGCUAGCUAGCAAACCUUGUACAACAACUCCCAAAAAAAAAAAAAUUUGUACAAUACAUUGAUUGUUCUAAAGAAUAUACAUGGAAGAAGAUAAAGAAGGAAAUCAUCGGAUGAAGGAAAGAAAAUCGAAUGGAACAAUAAUAAUAUUUCGGUAUGCAGAUUGGAUCGAUUAUCUCCUAAUGAUAUCGGGUGCCAUUGGAGCUAUAGGUGAUGGAAUGUCUACAAAUUGCCUCUUAGUGUUUGCUAGCAGGCUUAUGAAUAGUCUUGGCUUUGGCCAAAACCAAGAGAAUAAUAAUGCAAAGACCUUCAUGUCCGAUGUUGAAAAGUGCAGCUUAUACUUUGUUUACUUGGGACUAGCAGUCUUUGUAUUAGCUUUCAUGGAGGGUUUUUGUUGGAGCAAAACGAGCGAGCGACAAGUGUUGAGGAUUCGAUACAAGUAUCUGGAAGCUGUGCUAAGGCAAGAGGUCGGCUUCUUUGAUUCACAAGAAGCUACUACAUCUGAGGUUGUGAAUAGUAUAUCCAAAGAUACUUCACUCAUUCAAGAGGUUUUGAGUGAGAAGGUGCCAAUAUUCUUGAUGCACUCAUCAUCAUUCUUAUCAGGAAUUGCAUUCUCUGCUUACUUCUCCUGGAGGCUAGCAAUAGUAGCCUUUCCAACAGUCAUACUCUUACUAAUUCCAGGAGUAAUCUACGGGAAAUACCUUCUAAUUUUAUCGAAAAAGUCGUAUCAAGAAUACAGCAAAGCCAACAGCAUCAUAGGAGAGGCCUUAAGCUCUAUCAAAACCGUGUAUUCUUUCACUGCUGAGAAGACUAUUCUAGAGAAAUAUGGUCUCAUCUUGGACCGAACAAUGAAGCUAGGGAUUAAGCAAGGGGUCGCGAAAGGGUUGGCUGUUGGAAGCACAGGGCUUGCUUUUGCGAUAUGGGCAUUUAUUGCUUGGUAUGGAAGUCGAUUGGUUAUGUACCAUGGAGAAACUGGUGGUCGAGUUUAUGCUGCUGGUGUUACUUUUAUCAUGGGAGGAGUAGCACUUGGAAGUGCACUACCAGAAAUGAAACACUUCACAGAAGCCUCAGUAGCAGCAUCAAGAAUAUUCGAGAGGAUAGACCGGUCUCCAUUAAUCGAUGGUGAGGCUAAGCAAGGCCUAAUUCUAGACAAAAUUCAAGGGGAGGUACAAUUUGAACGCGUUAACUUCACCUACCCUUCUCGCCCUGACACCAUCAUCCUAAAAGAUUUUGACCUCAAAGUCGAAGCAGGGAAGACUGUUGCCCUUGUUGGAGCAAGUGGGAGUGGGAAAUCCACUGCUGUUGCGCUACUUCAGAGAUUCUAUGAUGCCAAUGAGGGGGUUGUAAGGAUUGAUGGCAUUGAUAUACGAAGGUUGAAAUUGAAAUGGAUUAGGAGUCAAAUGGGACUUGUUAGCCAAGAUCAUGCUUUGUUUGGUACGUCGAUUAAGGACAAUAUCAUGUUUGGUAAGCUUGAUGCUACUAUGGAUGAAGUUAUUAGUGCUGCUCAGGCUGCAAAUGCGCACAACUUCAUUAGACAACUUCCCGAAGGCUAUGAAACUAAGAUUGGUGAAAGAGGAGCACUUAUAUCCGGAGGUCAAAAGCAAAGAAUCGCGAUUGCUAGGGCAAUUAUAAAGAACCCUGUGAUUCUUCUCUUGGAUGAAGCAACAAGUGCACUAGAUUCAGAAUCUGAAACUCUAGUUCAAAGCGCCCUCGAUCAAGCUUCUCUUGGAAGAACUACUCUGGUAGUUGCACACAAGCUCACCACAGUGAAAAAUGCAGAUAUGAUAGCAGUAAUCAACAACGGCGAAAUCAUGGAAACAGGAUCACACAAAGACCUUAUUAACAAAACUGAUGGCCAUUAUGCAAAGCUAGCAAAAAUGCAGAAACAGUUAAGUUGCAAUGACAUAGACCAAAGUUAUGAACCUAGUGCUACUUCUUCUGUUCCUAGGAGUGCAGGAAGGUUGAGCACUGCGCGAUCAAGUCCUGCUGUUUUCACUACACCAUUACCUGAUUUUGAAGACCAAGACUCAUCAACAAAAUCCCAUCUUUCACCAUCUUUUACGCGACUUUUUUCCUUGAACUUGCCUGAGUGGAAACAAGGACUAGUUGGAAGUCUCUCUGCAAUCGCGUUUGGAGCAGUGCAGCCUACCUAUGCCUUAACAAUAGGAUCAAUGAUCUCUGCCUUUUUUGUGUCAAAUCAUGAGGAAAUGAAGUCUCGAAUCAGAAACUAUGUCUUUAUUUUCUCACUUCUUUCAAUUUUUUCCAUCACAUUCAACCUUGCUCAACACUCGAGUUUUGCAUACAUGGGUGAGCGCCUUACCAAGAGAAUCCGCCUUAAAAUGCUUGAAAAAAUUUUGAGUUUCGAGCCUGCUUGGUUCGAUGAUGAGGAGAACUCGAGUGGAGCACUAUGUUCAAGGCUAAGCAAUGAGGCUACAAUGGUGAAAUCCUUAGUAGCUGAUAGAGUUUCCCUCUUAGUUCAGACCAUUUCGGCUGUAACAAUUGCCAUGGUAAUGGGACUAGUCACAGCAUGGAAGCUCGCGCUUGUAAUGAUCGCAGUUCAACCCAUCACCAUCCUUUGCUUCUAUACAAGAAAAGUUUUACUCUCUAGCAUAACAAACAACUUUGUAAAGGCACAAAAUCAAAGCACACAAAUCGCAGUUGAGGCAGUUUAUAACCACAGGAUAGUGACUUCUUAUGGGUGCGUAGGAAAAGUUCUUGAGUUAUUCGAUGAGGCACAAAAUGAGCCUAGGCGGCAGGGGAGAAGGAAGUCAUGGUUAGCCGGGGCCGGUAUGGGCUCGGCUCAAGGACUAACAUUUAUGUGUUGGGCAUUGGAUUUUUGGUAUGGUGGAAAAUUGGUUGAAAAGAAAGAGAUUUCUGCAGGAGAUGUUUUUAAGACUUUCUUUGUGUUAGUGAGUACUGGUAAGGUUAUUGCUGAAGCUGGGAGUAUGACUUCUGAUCUUGCUAAGGGUUCUGCUGCUGUUACUUCCGUUUUUCGAAUUCUUGAUCGAAAUUCCCAGAUUUUGGAGUCAUCAUCAAUCUCUCAGGCAACAAAACUAGAAAAGAUCAUAGGAAGAAUAGAGCUACGGAAGGUGGACUUUGCAUACCCAACACGAUCCGAGAGCGCGAUCCUUCGACAAUUCAGCCUAGAAGUGAAGGCGGGAACAAGUGUAGGGCUUGUGGGAAAGAGUGGGUGUGGGAAGUCAACAGUGAUAGCCUUAAUACAAAGAUUUUAUGAUGUUGAUAGAGGAGCAAUAAAGGUAGAUGGGGUGGAUAUAAGAGAGUUUGAUGUGGUGUGGUAUCGAAAACAUAUGGCCCUUGUUAGCCAAGAACCUAUAAUUUAUUCCGGAUCCAUUAGGGAUAAUAUUGUUCUUGGUAAGGUUGAUGCCACUGAGAAUGAAGUUGUUGAAGCCUCUAAAGCUGCUAAUGCUCAUGAGUUUAUUUGCUCCUUAAAAGAAGGAUACCAAACCGAAUGUGGAGAGAGAGGGGUACAACUAUCAGGAGGUCAAAAGCAAAGAAUUACUAUAGCAAGAGCAAUACUCCGAAACCCAAUUAUUUUGUUACUUGAUGAAGCUACUAGUGCUUUGGACAUGCAAUCUGAGAGGUUAGUCCAAGAAGCCUUGGACCGAUUCAUGAUAGGCCGAACCACCCUCGUGGUUGCUCACCGGCUUAACACUAUUAAAAACCUUGACUCCAUCACCUUCAUCGAGGAUGGAAAGGUGGUGGAGCGUGGGACUUACACCCAACUCAAGCACAAGCGUGGAGCUUUCUUCAACCUUGCUAGUCUUCAAAGCCUGAAUUAAGGUAUGAAAACUAAUUGGAUUAGGGUAGUAUUAUGUAUUAUUUUCACCAAAUGAAUCAUGUUUUAUAGUAUAAAUUUGUAUUACUAUAAUUCUCGAUGUAUUCUUGAGUUUUGAUGGGUCUAAAACUAUUAGAAAAACAUGUAACACCACAAUAGAUGUGUUAGGUUUGGUUUUAUGCUGACUUAAAACUUAGAAGAGGCCUUCUACUAAUUAUCAUCUUGAAGUCUUUUUCUUGUAUACAUUUUUUGUAACUAAUUAAUUGAAACGCAUAAGGUACAAUCCUUA